AAAUCCCAACAGACUGAAAUGACAGAGAAAAAGAAACACUUGCCCAUACCACAAUCAUCUGGCCCCAAAGCUACUCUUAGUAUUGGUAAUAUUCCUGGAAGCAAAGUAAACUAUGAGUCUCUUAGAAUAUCUUCUCAGCUUCAGCAAACUUGGACAAAGAGAAAGCAUGUACAAGACAUGACUGAUAAAUCUCUGCAGACAGACAUUUCUGCAGAGGAAAAAAAAGAAGAAAUCAAGUCAGUUGAUGGAACAGUGGAAUCAGAAGAAAAGCCAGCUGCUGUUGAAGAAGCAGUACCUGAAUUUCCAGAGAGUGUUCAGGAAGUAGAAAUUCCACCAAGCAGACACUCAGUUCAACUCAAAAUAGACAGAUCUCAGCAGACCAGUUGCACUGGAGACUGGACAAUGAUAAUCAUUCCUCGAAUAGAGAAGGUAGACAAAGAACAGCAGACUUACUUUAGUAAAUCAGAAAUGAUGGUUAUUGACAGGACAGGUAGUUCUUUUUUAAAGUCAAAGGAAGAGGUGCAGAAACGUAAAUCCUCAGGGAAGAUUUUUGUUAGUGGACAUCCUGAAUUUCAACCCACAACAAGUAGCAAUGAAAGAAUUAGGCAGAAAAGUAUCAGCAGAUCUUCAUUUAGUCAACAAAUAAGAAAAGAUACUUCAGUACUUUUAGAUGAGCAAGACAUUCCAGGUGAAGUACAGCCUCCCAGGAUAGAAGAGAUCUCUUCUCUUUCAGAAGAACCUCCUUCUGAAGUUCAACCUCCAGCAACUCCUACAGAAGAGGCCCCAGCUAAAGUGGAACCUAAGGCUCCUACACAAGAGACCACAGAACUUCAAUCACCAUCACCAGUGAAGGCCCCUUCAGAAGAGGCCCCAGCUGAACUUCAGCCUCCCCCAGCUGAAGAGACUACUGCAGGAGAAACCCCUGCCCAAAAUCAGCCUCCAGAAACUGAGGAUGCCACUGCAGAAGAGGCUCCUCCUGAAGUUCCGUCUUCAGCAGUUAUGCCUUCUUCUGAAAUUUCGCCUCCACCAGCGGAGGCCCCUUCUGAAGUUCGGCCUCCACCAGCUGAAGCCCCUUCUGAACUUCAGCCUCCACCAUCAGAAGCCCCUUCUGAACUUCAGCCUCCACCAUCAGAAGCCCCUUCUGAAAUACAGCCUCCACCAGCUAAGGCCCCUUCUGAGGUUCAGCCUCCGCCAGCUAAGGUCCCUUCUGAAGUUAGGCCUCCACCAGCUGAGGCCACAUCUGAAGUUCGGCCUCCAACAGCUAAGGUCCCUUCUGAAGUUCGGCCUCCACCAGCUGAGGCACCUACUGAAAUUCAGCCUCCACCAGCUGAGGCACCUUCAGAAGUUCGAACUCCCGUAACUGAGGCCCCUUCUGAAGUUCGGCCUCCACUAGCUGAAGCCCCUUCUGAAGUUCGGUCUCCAUCAGCUGAAGCCCCAUCUGAAGUUCAGCCUCCACCAACUGAAGUCCCUUCUGAAGUUCGGCCUCCACCAGCUGAAGCCUCAUCUGAAGUUCGGUCUCCACCAGCUGAGGCCCCUUCUGAAAUUCAGACUCCACCACCUGAGGUCCCUUCUGAAGUUCGGCCUCCACCAGCUGGGGCCCCUUCUGAAAUACAGCCUCCACCAGCCGAGGCCCCUUCUGAAGUUCGACCUUUACCAGCUGAAGCCUCAUCUGAACUUCAGCCUCCACCAUCAGAAGCCCCUUCUGAACUUCAGCCUCCACCAUCAGAAGCCACUUCUGAAGUUCAGCCUCCACCAGCUGAGGCACCUUCUGAAGUUCGACCUCCACCACCUGAAGCUCCAUCUGAACUUCAGCCUCCACCAUCAGAAGCCCCUUCUGAAGUGCAGCCUCCACCAUCAGAAGCCCCUUCUGAAGUGCAGCCUCCACCAUCAGAACCCCCUUCUGAAGUUCAGCCUCCCACAGCUGAGGCACCUUUUGAAAUUCAGCCUUCCCCAACUGAGGUUCCUUCGGAAGUUCGGCUUCCACCAGCUGAAGCCCCUUCUGAAUUUCGGCCUCCACCAGCUGAGGCCUCCUCUGAAGUUCGGCCUCCCCUAGCUGAGGCCCCUUCUGAAGUUCGGCCUCCACCAGCUGAGGUCCCUUCUGAAGUUAAGCCUCCACCAGCUGAGGCCCCUUCUGAAGUUCGGCCUCCCCCAACUGAGGUCCCUUCUGAAGUUAAGCCUCCACCAGCUGAGGCACCUUCUGAAGUUCAGCCUCCCCCAGCUGAGGCACCUUCUGAAGUUCAGCCUCCACCAGCUGAGGUCCCUUCUGAAGCCCCUUCUGAAGUUCAGCCUCCACCAGCUGAAGCCCCUUCUGAAGUUCGGCCUCCACCAGCUGAGGCCCCUUCUGAAGUUCAGUCUCUACUAGUUGAGGAGACCCAUGCAGAAGAGUUUCUUGCUGAACUUCAGCCUCCACCAACUGAAGAAAGUACUUCAAAAAUGGCCCCUGUUGACAAACAAUCUUCAGUAUAUGAAGAGACUUCUAUUACACAAAUCUUUAUAAAAGAUACUCCUGUUGAAGUCCAGCCUCCACCAUCUAAACAAACCUCUGCAAAUGAGGCUCUGGUAGAGAAUGUGUCUACUGAAUAUCUAGCUCAACGUACAACAGAUGUCCCAGUGGUAAAACUGGAAUCAGUGACUUCAGGAAAUUUGCCAAAAUAUGAAGUGCCUUUAGAACUGGAUCCUGUUUCUGAAGAUUUGUCUAAUAUCAAGAAAGAACAGGUUUCUACUAUUGAUAUAGAGGGUGAUGUCCACAUAGAAACAAAAUAG